UUUAUGACUAAAUACAUUGUAAAUGGGUGAUUCUAUGCACGAAACACCCUCUAUUUAUAAGUUUUAAGGAGGGUUAACAUAUGCAACCUUCCCAUUACUCUAUUAAAAGGGUAAUUUUAUACACGAAAUAUUUUACAUUUGUGAGUUUUGGGGAAGGUUGAUGUAUGCAGCCUUCCCCAAUUCUUUUGCACCAAGCCAAAAAUUGUUACUCUCCAUCCAAUCAAACCCACCAAAUAAAAAAGACAGCAUAAUGUCUUUCUCAUAAUUAAAAGAAUUCUUUAGUCUCUUCACCAUUAUGGGUUCUCAAUUCUCUAAACAGCUGCAGAGGCGUAAAGCAAUAAAAACUGAGAAGAAACUUCUUUGUGAUCUUCAGGGAAGCUCCAGCUGCGACACAUACCCCGGUCAUGACUAUCGUCCGGCGGACAGAAAGAAUUGGAUGGGAGGACUCAACCCUGAAAAGCUUCAUAUAAACAAGAUUGUAUGGCCUGGAACUCAUGAUUCUGCUACUAACAAGAUUGGUAUACCAUUCAUUUCCAGGCCGUUUGCUCAAUGUCAAUCUUUAUCCAUCUACAAACAGCUUUGCAGAGGUGCAAGAGUUCUUGAUAUUCGAGUUCAACAAGAUCGCCGCGUUUGCCAUGGGAUCUUGAAAACGUACAGUGUAGAUGUUGUUUUAGACGAUGUCAAGAAGUUUGUAUCAGAAACUCAAUCAGAAAUCAUCAUUCUUGAAAUUCGGACUGAGUUUGGUCACGAAGAUCCACCGGAUUUUGAUAAAUACUUGGAAGAAAAACUGGGAGAACAUCUCAUCCAUCAAGAUGAUAAUGUUUUUGGCAAGACAGUUGCAGAACUAUUGCCAAAAAGAAUAAUCUGUGUUUGGAAGCCACGAAAAUCACCACAGCCAAAGCGUGGAAGUCCAUUAUGGAGUGCAGGGUAUUUAAAAGACAAUUGGAUUGAUACAGAUUUGCCAUCAACGAAAUUUGAGAGUAAUAUGAAGCAUCUGAAUGAGCAACCACCAGUUUCAUCAAGAAAAUUCUUUUAUAGGGUAGAGAAUACUGUUACUCCUCAACCGGAUAAUCCAAUUGUGUGUGUGCGACCGGUGACCAGCCGGAUCCAUGGAUAUGCUAGGCUCUUUAUUGCUCAGUGCUUUUCUAAAGGAUGUGCAGAUAAGUUGCAGGUAUUCUCCACUGAUUUUAUUGAUGGGGAUUUUGUUGAUGCCUGUGUUGGAGUUACACAUGCAAGAAUUGAAGGGAAGGCUUAAUAUUAUUUAUUACUAUUAUUGUUAUUGUUAUGUAUGUAGUUGUUACAUUGUUCUUGUUCAUAGUUUGUUUUUUGGAUUGUGUAAUUAGUUUUACAGUAUGGAAAAACUACAUUAUUGUUGGAGACUUGGAGAUAUUUUCAUUUGUCCACUUGUAUGUUAAUUUAUUUGUUUUUGUUUAAUGUAUUAUAUAAUAUAAGUUUUAUAUUAGUUUGUAUAAA